UCACCUCCGUUUUCUCCAGAGGGUUUCAGUCAGCUUGGAAAACCUACAAUAAUGGAGGUCGAUAUGGGAGAAGGAUCAAGUGAGUUGAGUAACAACGUCAUGUGUCAAUUAGCGGACCCAGAAGGAACUCCACUGGGAGUGUCCAUGUAUCUUCCCCAAAGCGUUGGUCCUAAGGAGCUUCAACAGAUGGUUAACAAGUUGCUCGACAAUGAGGAAAAGCUGCCAUAUGCCUUUUAUAUAUCCGACCAAGAGCUUGUUAUACAACUAGGAGAUUAUUUGCAGAAGAAUAAAAUUUCUGUGGAGAAGGUGGUCACAAUAGUGUAUCAACCGCAGGCAGUAUUCCGUAUUCGCCCAGUUAAUCGUUGUUCUUCUACAAUCGCUGGUCAUACUGAGGCAGUACUUUCAGUUGUCUUUAGUCCUGAUGGACAGCAGCUGGCUAGUGGUUCAGGUGAUACAACUGUCCGGCUGUGGGACUUAAAUACCCAAACGCCUCUGUUCACUUGUACAGGACACAAGAAUUGGGUUCUCUGCGUUGCAUGGUCACCAGAUGGUAAGCAUUUGGUUAGUGGAAGCAAGUCUGGAGAACUUCAGUGCUGGGAUCCACGGACUGGGAAACCAUCUGGCAAUCCACUCACCGUAAGAUCUCUUUAAUUAUGUUCAAUUAAUCAGGUACCAUAUUCCAGGAUUCUUAAUCAGUCAGUUAUUUUAACGUUUGGGUGACAUGUACCAUCACUCGUUGUACAGCAGUCUGUAAAUAGUAUCCAAUUUGAGCACAGACCUAUACCUAAUUUGAUAAUAGUUAAAAUAUGUUAUUUGAUAAACUUAAAUUUCUGUUUAUCCAACAUUAGCCAAAUACAACUUCAGAUUUUGCUAUAUUGAUUUGAUAAAAUAUUCGACCUGUUAUAUUUUGAA